CAAAUUUAUUAAAAAAAUUGAUAUACAGGGGGUUUCUAUAUCAGUAUAUUGUGAUGAACACCCACAAAGAGGUAAUAGACCAUAAAUAUUUGGAACCUGGGCACACAUAUAUAGAGUGCAAUGAGGACUUUGGUGUUAUUGAAAAGCAUAAACGUCAUAUCCCCUAUGUUUUCCUUCCUCACGAGUGCAUAACUGCGAUAUCUGAGAGCUGUAGAAAUUUUAAGGUUUAUGAAAUGACAGCAAACGACUUUUUUUCAUUUGCAGACUUUGACGGCAUUAAAAAAAAAGUGCAAAACAUUAUGACGAUGAACGUGAUUUUCGAUGGAGACCACUUAGAUGGAUUAGAGUCGAAGAGGCUCUCCAUUUCAAAUGAAAUGUAAAGAAAUUCUUUCUGAGGACUUUAACUUUUAUAUAGUUAACUGAAAGUCCACACAGGUAGGAAGACCACGUAGUACAAUUCAACUAAAACCAUUAUAUGAUCAUCCCAUAAAUAUAAAACAUCCCAAAUACAAAGACUUAACGACAUUGCUUGAUUUCAUACCACCAGUAUACCAUGAUUUUUAUAAAGAAUUACCCCAUGACGGUCCUACGCCUAAGACUUCUCAAAAGUAAAAAAAGAAAAAAACUGCUGCUGUGCCAUCUACAGCUACCGAGAAUGCAGACGAAGAUGUAACGGAACGAGUACUAUUAUUGUCAGACUACGAAAAUGACGUAUUAUGAUAGAUUGACUUUUCGUUUAUUGUAUUUGUUAUUAAUAUGUACCUAGUUAUUUGAUAGUGUG